AUGUGCAAAAUGCCACACGCACUCCAGAUGUUGCUCUGUCUCUUCCUGGUGGUUGCUCUAUCAGCGUCAGACGACUCGGUCCAAUUGAGUGAGAGUUUUGGUGGCCGCCACGGGACUGAAUUCUCUGAUCAGGCUGCAGUCGUUGCGGGACAAACCAUUGGCUCAAUCACGAUUCGAGCUAGUGAAUGCGUGGAUGGAGUGUCAUUGGAAGUAUUGGGCUCGAGCGCCACGAGGUUUAGUCACGGAGGAAGUGAUGGGAAGGAACACGUGCUUAAGCUUGGUGCGCAAGAGCAUAUUACGUCAAUGGAAGCGCAUUGGGGCGAGAGGAAUGGUCGCACACGGAUUUCUUACCUCAGUUUUGGAACAAGUGCCGGAAAAAAGCUCUCGGCCGGGACCAAGACAAACGGCAAGCAAACAUCCAUUGCGCCGGAGGGGUUCCAGCUCGGCGGUUUUUUCGGUCGAGGUGGCGACGGAAUUGACAUGUUGGGAGCGAUUUGGUCCCGUAUUUCGGCAGAUGCUCCAGUCGCAGACGCUCCUGCUGUAGCGAGUCCUGUUUUCACGGCGUCAGAGUCGUUGGAUGCGACGAAUAGUGUUGUGUCGGGUACCCGGUCUUUGGGGAUGUUGGCUACCGAUGAAUCUGCGUCUGGAGCUGCAGACUCGGCAGUGUCUGCUAGCGAAUCUGCGUUUGGAUCAGCGGACUUGGCGGUGUCUACUGAUGAUACUUUGGCGGCGUCCACGGACUUAGCAGCGUCUACUGAUGAAUCGUUAGCGGGGUCUACGGACUCAGCAGCGUCUACGGAUCAUUUUUUUGCGGGGUCUGCGGAUUCAGCAGAUGAUGGUGCAGGAGGCGUCAUUCGCUCAUCAUCAGCCGAGUCGACGGAAGCGUCCGAUGCAACGUCAACUGAAGGCUCGAAAGUGACGUCCGAUGAUAAGUCUGCACUGGAAGAGAACUCUGCAGCUGGAGAUGCCAGCUCAUCAUUAGCCGAGUCGAUGGGAGCGUCUGAUACAAGGUCAGCGGAAGGCUCGGGAGUGUCAUCCGUUGCGAUGCCUGCAGCGGAUUCUUUGGCUGGUUCAUCUUCUGCUGAUACAGCGGUUCCUCCAGUAGAAAGCGUUGCUCCGUUAGGCCCGGUAAUGGCUGUGAAAGACUCCAUUGUACUGAGCGAAAGUUUUGGUGGACCUCAUGGAAGAGACUUCUCGGACAAGAAUUUUGUCAAUUCAGGACAAACUGUCAAAGCCAUUUCGAUUUAUGCUAACAAGCGUCUUGAUGGUAUCUCACUGAGUAUCUCAGCACCCAAGACACUUACUUUUACCCACGGCGGAACUGGAGGCAACCGUCAGGAACUGUUGCUAGAUAAGGACGAGUACGUUAAAUCGAUGGAAGUCCACAGGGGCAAAAAAGAUGGCCACACGCGAAUAUUUUACGUGAGCUUCCUUACGAGCGCAGGUAGAGCGUUGUCUGGGGGCUCAGUGACAGGCGAUAAGCUGAUGGUAACAGCACCCGAUGGCUUUCAGCUAGCCGGUUUUUUCGGCAAGGGGGGCAGCGAGAUUGAUGCGCUGGGAGCAGUAUGGGCAUUCAUCGCACUUGUUCAGCCCGCUCCUGUGCCAGUUCCCGUUUCAAUACCAGCUGAAGACUUACCGGGCACGGUUAGUCCUGCUGACAUAGCUGGAAGCUUGUCAGAAGUGAAAGCCAAGGUCAAUGAGCAAGCCGUUCAGCUGAGCGAUUCAUUUGGUGGUCCCCACGGGAAACAGUUCUCGGAUCAUCUUGCUGUUAUGUCUGGGAUGACCAUUACUUCCGUCACAAUUCGUGCUGGUAAGCGUGUUGACGGCCUCACGGUCCAAGUGUCUGCACCGAAGGAAAUGACUCUCACUCAUGGUGGGCGCAAUGGUAAGGAACACACCAUGGUGCUUGAACCAGGGGAAUACAUUACAUCUAUGGAGGCCCACUGGGGUCAAAAGAGUGGUCACACUCGUAUCUUUUUCCUUAGCUUGGGUACGAGCAAAGGGAACGUAUUGUCUGGGGGAUCGCAGACUACUGAAAAGGGAUCAGUGACAGCGCCUAAAGGCUAUCAACUUGCCGGAUUUUUUGGUCGGUACGGUGAAGAAAUAGACCUUAUUGGUGCCGUCUGGUCAAGUAUUGCAUUGAUGAACGAGACCGUCUCCACUCCAGUUUUGGCAGACGACGACAUUGCACUCAGCCAGCUUUUUGGUGGUCCUCACGGCAAUGCCUUCUCGGACAUCCAGAAGAUCAAGUUUGGCCAGACUGUUAGUGCGAUCACUAUUCGAGCUAACUUGCGGCUUGACGCUGUAACGGUGCAAAUUUCCGCGCCCGCUGAAUUAACACUGAACCACGGUGAUCAUGGUGGUACUGAGAAGACGCUUGCUCUCGGUCCAGAUGAGGUCAUCACGUCAGUGGAAGUGCAUUGGGCCAAGAAGUCUAAGCAUACGGCCGUGUUUUAUGUUUGUUUCACAACCAGCGCUAACAAUACGCUUGCUGGAGGAACUAAGACGGAUAAUAAGGGUACUGCGACGCCUCCUGAAGGGUUUGUGCUCAGUGGGCUCUACGGCCGCGCUGAUGACGGAGUGAAACAACUUGGUGUAAUCUGGACUAGAAAAACGGCAAAGGACCUGCUACUUACGGACCCUUCGGGUGUGGGAAAUAACACAUACGGCACAACUAUUCGUAACUGGGUGGGCCCCACCGUUGGCAAAGCCAGUGACACAGCGUGUUACCGCAAAGCAGUAAACUUUGACAGCAACAAUGUUUGCCCGUCAGGCUACGGCAAGGACGAUACCGAAUGUGUCGUGCAUUGUCCGAUGGCCUUUCCGGUUACGUGCGGUCUGGAGUGUAUUCCCCAAAACGAUGACUGCGCUCUCGCGGUGAUGCAAAAAGUUGGCUCAGUUGUUGCUGUGGCACUAAACUUGGCCACCGGUAGCGUGUUGGGCCAAGUCCACGCUGCCUUUAAAACUGCAAAGUGGGCUGCUUUGUGCGUACUCAACAUGGUCAAUGUGAUCAGAGGCCUGAUUUACUACUUACGAUAUCGACAAACCACUGGGCCCGUAGGAGACACAGCAGAGAUACUUGCUGCCGCCUACCAGACUGAUCUCGUUGUGUACGACCUCCCUUUUGCGGUAUGCACGUGUAUGGGUAUCCCCGUUCCUAAAAACGCCGUAUAUGUUUCCUACGUGCUCGCCACCGUGGAAGGUAUUGUGAAGCAAGCGAUCACCAAUGGCGACGUGAUCAUUUCAACUGCAGAGAACGUGAUGAAACUACUCACUGGCACUGGUGCAGCGAACAAGUCACGGACGACGGUGGACGAGCUAGAAGAUUUGGUUGCGAAGAACUCAAGCUGCGGUUGGAACCUCAAGCGUCUUACUGAUCGCGUCACCCGGGCUGUUCUCAGGUACCGGAACGUAAGUACUUCUGUCGCCGAUCUACGCGUGAAGGUGUAUGAGUCUUCGAUUGUGAUGAACGAUAUCCCUGUGAUCACGAACAAUUGCAUGGGCGAACUUUUGGCUGCCAAAACUAUGGCGAUGGCGUACGAGACACGCGAUUUGAUUCGGAAGACAUUUGGGGUGAUUGUCGACCAGCUUAUUGAAAAGGGUAAGACCGACAACGGCAAGGACGUCGCAGAGGAUGAAUACGCGUUGGAGGUCGCCAACAUGGGCCUCGUCGGUUUGUCGGUUGUCGAUCCUAGUGGGAUUGCGUACAUGGCUUCACAAUUUGUACAGCCAGUCUGUGGACCAACCGCAUACUUGGGCGAAAUCGACGAUGGCACGCUGUACGACGCACUGGGGAUGACACUGAUGGACGAGGCAUUUAUAGGUAGCUACGGAUCGUAUACGCAUGCGGGUGACGGCGUUGUACAUCUCGUUUUCGAGAGCAUUGACACGAAGGACGUGACAGUCGUCAUUUAUUCAGGCGGAGAAGAGUACGGAGAGGUUGAUGUUGGUGCUGGGGACAUCGUUGCUUGGGAUGCCACUUUUCCAGAGCUAGAAGACAAGACCUUGUAUCUGGAUCGUUGGCGCUCUGGUGUCAUGGGUAUGCCUGGUUCAGGAGGUGGUUCAUUGUUGCUCUGGAUUCCUCGAUCGUCAGAUGGCGGUCACAUCACUCUGCACGCGCGGAUAAACCCAUCGUAG